AAGAAAAAUUGUGUUAGUUAACAACAAUCCUCCCACUCAAAUUCCUAAGCACACACACGUCCACAACCAAUUUCUCCAAAUUUCCUCCUACCAAUUAAAUAAAUUCUCCAUUAUAUAUUCUUAUAUUCCAACAAAGUGGUAUCAGAGCCACAAGAUUCUACUUGUGGUAUGGCGAAUUUACAAUCGUUUCAAGUCCCCAUGCUCAACAAAAGCAACUUCGACAAUUGGAGCAUCAAGAUGAAGGCGCUAUUGGGAGCCCACGACGUUUGGGAGAUCGUGGAGAACGGCUACGAGGAGCCGCAGGACGAGGCCGCACUAUCCCAACAACAAAAGGAUAGAUUGCGAGACAUGAGAAAGAGAGACAAGAAGGCUCUCUGUCUCAUUUAUCAAGCGCUGGGGGACGACGAUUUCGAGAAAAUCUCGAACGCGAGCACCGCCAAAGAAGCGUGGGAGAAGCUCCAGAACGCGUGCAAAGGAGCGGAGCAAGUAAAAAAGGUACGACUUCAAACUUUAAGAGGAGAGUUUGAGUCUUUGCAUAUGAAAGAGUCCGAAUCGAUUUCGGAUUAUUUUUCAAGAGUCUUGGCGGUGUCUAAUCAAAUGAAAAGAAAUGGUGAAAAAUUGGAGGAUGUUAGAAUUAUGGAGAAAAUAUUACGCUCACUAACUCCAAGAUUUGAGCAUAUAGUAAUCACAAUUGAAGAAACUAAAAAUUUGGAGGAGAUGACGAUCGAUCUCUUGUUGGGGUCGCUGCAAGCAUAUGAUGAGAAGCAAAAGAAGAAGUAAGAAAUUUCAGAGCAACUUUUAAAGUUGCAAGUAAGCUCAAAAGAUAAAGAAGAAAGUUCGAGCAACAGCCGCGGACAAUACAAAGGAGGACGUGGUCAAGGUCAAGAUCGAGGCAGAGGCCGAGCACGUGGACGUGGUCGAGGACGAGGAGGCUUCGUCAACAAUGGUGAAAGAAAUGAGUUUACAAGUGGUCGGGGGAGGAGCAACCCGCAGUCGAGGUACGAUAAAUCUUCAAUAAAGUGUUAUAAUUGCCAUAAAUUUGGGCACUAUGCUUCCGAGUGCAGAAGUGAAAAAUUAAGGAUCGAAGAGAAGGCCAAUUAUGCCGAAAAUGCAAAUCAAGAUAUUGGUAGUGUGCUUCUGGCAUAUAAAGGAGAAGCCGGAAGACAAGAUGACACGUGGUACCUCGACACUGGUGCUAGCAAUCACAUGUGCGGGAAGAGAAACAUGUUCGUGGAGCUCGAUGAGUCGGUAAGUGGCAACAUCUCCUUUGGUGAUGAAUCUAAAAUUCCAGUUAAAGGAAAAGGGAAAAUUUUAAUUCGCUUGAAGAAUGGAAAUCAUGAAUUUAUUUCCAAUGUUUAUUACGUGCCCAAUAUGAAAAAUAAUAUAUUGAGUUUGGGACAACUCUUAGAGAAAGGUUAUGAUAUUCACAUGAGAGAUUAUAACCUUUCAAUAAGAGAUGGCAAAAAUAAUCUUAUUGCCAAGGUGCCAAUGUCUAAAAAUAGAAUGUUCUUAUU